GGCGGCGGCGGAGGAGGAGGGAAGGAAGGAAGGAAUAAAGGCGAAGAGGAUCGAAUCGCGGUGCUACGGUUUUCUGUUCUCUCUCCUUUUUUUCUGCUGAGGAGGAACGACUGAGGAGAGGCGGAGAUGCCGCCCCGACAAUCGACCAAAGCCAAACUGGCUUCCACCUCCUUACAACCAGGCAAAGGCCAGGCAAAAGGUGAUAAGAGCUCCAGGAAGACCAAAAAGGAUGAAGAUGAAACAAUGGAGUAUGGAGAUGGAGGUGAAGACUGGAUGGGAAGACCUCUUCUUAAACCUCCUGAUCAACUGGAACUUUCUGAAACAGAAUUGAAGGAAGAAAUUACUCGAAUUCUUACAGCCAACAACCCACACGCUCCACAAAAUAUCGUGAGAUUCAACUUUAAAGAAAGGGUGUACAAACAUGUCAGCAUAGUAGAGCAACUGGCUGUUCAUUAUUCAGUGGAUGGACACUUGCUGCAUGUGGAUUCGGAUGAAGCACGGCGACAAUUGUCUAAAAUAAGUUCAGUUGGAGACACUACCUCUGUUGUUUCUGGAAUAACUGAGCCAAGAGAGGAAGAAGAAAUUGAAGAAACCGAGAAUAAGGACGAAGAGGGGACAGAGGAGCCGGAAGCCACAGAUAUUAUAGAAAGCGAAGCGAAAGAGGAAGAUGUAGAAAAGGGUGGGAAACCUAAAUAUGAACGGAAAAUCCGCAACCAGUUUAACUUUAGUGAGCGAGCUUCUCAGACUUUCAACAAUCCUGUUCGGGCGAAUGGUUGCCAGACAGAACCGCCACCAAGAGCAAAUUUUGCAGCUACUGCCAGUCAGUGGGAAAUAUUUGACGCCUAUACAGAAGAACUGGAGAAGCUAGAGAGCAAGAAAGAAAAGCCCAAAGCAGCAGCUGUGAAAAAAGAAGAGAGGUUAACAAAGAAGAAACAAACAACCAUUGAAAGCCAGAGUGAUGAUAUUUCAAGAGUUGCUAAAGCUGCUAAAAUAGUAGAACGAAUGGUGAACCAGAAUGCGUUUGAUGACAUUGCACAAGAUUUUAAGUACUUUGAAGAUCCUUCUGAUGAGUUCAGAGAACAGGAAGGUACUCUGCUCCCUCUGUGGAAGUUCCAGUAUGACAAGGCCAAGAGGUUAGCAGUUACUGCCAUCUGCUGGAAUCCAAAAUACGUUGACCUUUUCGCUGUCGGAUAUGGCUCUUAUGACUUUAUGAAGCAGACCCGUGGCAUGCUCCUCUUUCACACCUUGAAAAAUCCUUCCUUCCCAGAGUUUAUUUAUACUACAGAAAGCAGUAUCUUGUGCCUGGACAUCCACAGAGUAUAUCCACAUCUCAUAGCUGUUGGUUUUUACGAUGGGAGUGUUGCUGUUUAUAAUAUCCAUGAAACAACAAAUACACCUUCUUACAUGAGCACAUCAAGGUUUGGCAAACACACCGAUCCUGUCUGGCAGGUGAAAUGGCAGAAAGAUGACCUGGACAACAAUUUGAACUUUUUUUCCAUCUCAUCAGAUGGAAGAAUUGUUUGCUGGGCUUUAGUUAAGGAAGAGCUUGUUCAUACAGAUAUCAUCAAGCUCAUAAUACAUGGACUCUGCAAGGAUGAACUGGAAAAUCUGCAGCUGAAAAUUGUGGACUGUGGAACCUCCUUCGAUUUCCACAUAGAGGAUGACAAGAUGUUUCUGGUUGGCACGGAAGAUGGCAAAUUACACAAGUGCUCUAAAGCGUAUUCAAGCCACUAUCUGGAUACUUUUGAGGCUCAUCACAUGGCAGUGGAUGCUGUGAGGUGGAAUCCGUUUCAUCCACAGAUUUUCAUUUCGUGCAGCUCAGAUUGGACAGUGAAGAUAUGGGAUCAUAAUAUAAAGACUCCAUUGUUCAUCUUUGAUCUUCAUUCGGCUGUUGGAGAUGUUGCCUGGGCCCCAUACUCUUCUACUGUUUUUGCUGCAGUUACAUCCGAUGGCAAGGUUCACAUGUUUGACCUGAAUAUUAACAAAUAUGAACCAGUCUGUGUUCAAGUCGUCGUGUCCAGGAAGAAAAAUAAACUGACACAUGUUCAGUUCAACCCUGUCUACCCAAUUAUAGUAGUAGGAGAUGAUCGGGGUUGUGUGAUGUGCAUGAAGCUGUCUCCAAACCUCCGCAGACAACCCAAGGCAAAAAAAGGACAAGAGGUAAAACGAGGACCUGACGUGGAAAUAGCCAAGCUGAACAAGUUAUUGAACCUGGUUAGAGACCCUGACAUAAAACCUAAGUGAUCACCACUAUCUGUGAGGACCUUUUAACACACAUUGAGGCAACACUGUAGCUUUAAUUGCUAUCAUUUUGAAUGAUAAAAGCAUAGAACCUGUCACUAAUAAAAGUUUUGUUGUUGGAAAAAAUCUGUUAAAACACCAAAUAGUUAUAAUGUUAUUAUAUUUUCCUCUUAUGAACAAUAGAAAACUGAAGGCUUUGCUGAAAUGAUAGUUAUCUUCCCUUAAUGUAUUUGGCAAAUAAAAAUAUGUAUCACUUU